AUAAACCAUCUGAAAGAGUGAAUGCUCUUUCUCCCGUCUUUCCUUUUCCCUACGAGUUUCUCGAGGUUUCAACACUCUCCAAGAGGAAUCUCAGCGUUUCCAGGACAAUUCGGUAGCGAAAAUUGGGCCAUUUUUGGGGGUAACAAGCAUUUUGGAUGACUGGGUAUUUGAUUAAUCUCUCAUUUAUUGUGAAUUCUGUGCUUUAGUUUUGAAUUAUUAAGAGAAAUUUGGGGUUUGAACUACAUCUAUGUUCCGCUGUGUGAGGAAGUUAUAGUUUGCUGAACAUUUUGGGAAAGUAUGUUUUUUGUCAUGAAUGAAUUUUGUGCUGGUUUUCUAAGUGGAUUUUGGAGUGCUUUAUUGAAUUGAGACGCCUGAAAAAUGUUGGGUUUUGUUCAUGUUCUUGAUGAGCACUUCAUUGGUCUUGUGUGACAACUUAAUCUUCACCAACCAAAAACCACGUGGAGGCUCUUUGAAUUCACACAAUUUGUCGAAUCUUUUAGUUCACUUGAGUUGUAAUCGACGGAGGCUUUAUGGAAUUGUUCCAAAUGCAAGAAAGAAGAACAAUAAACAUUCUACGAGAAGUUGGUGGCAGAGGUUCUUCUUUGAUGAGGAUGGUAAUUGGCUUGGUUUAAAGGACGAUGACAUGCACGACGAAGAGGUGGAGAGCUCAAGUGAUGAGGAGUUGUCAGAGAGUGAGAAGUUUGAGGCGUGGAAGAGGAGGGCAGAGGCCAUUGUGGAGUUGAGGGAAGCACAAGAAGAUAUGAUGAAUGAGGAGAGUCGGAGGUGGGAAGAUUGGGUCAUGGAUGAUCCUGGAAAUGGUUCUUGGUGGAGUCAAGAUUGGGACACUGGAAAUGACGAAUUGAGGGAAGACCUACCUCCCACUGAGAUAAUUCGAGAGAAAGGAUUCAUUGAGUCUGUGAGCAAUUUCGUUCUUGGUAGGGAGGAGGAUGAUAUGCUCUAUGAAGAUCGUGUCUUCCGGUACGCCUCAAUAAACUCGGCUAAAUUCUUGGCAGUGUUGAUACUUUUACCGUGGGCCUUAGACUUUGCAGUUCAUGACUAUGUUCUCAUGCCGUUUUUGGACAGAUAUGUGAAGACUGUACCACUUGCUGCACAGAUGCUUGAUGUCCGAAGAAAUCAAAAGCUUCAAAUGGUCAAGGACUUAAAACUUGAAAAAUCAAGGUUACAAUUUGAGGUAGAGAUUGGGAAAUCUCCACCUCUUUCUGACGAAGAGGUCUGGUGGGAGUUACGGCAUAAAGCGCUAGAGUUGCGAGAAGAGUGGAGGUUAGAAAAUCGUAGAGCAUUUGCUAACAUAUGGUCGGAUAUGGUAUUUGGGAUCUCAUUGUUCAUUCUUUUGUACUUCAAUCAGAACCAGGUAGCUUUGCUGAAAUUUACAGGUUAUAAGAUUAUUAAUAAUAUUUCAGACACUGGGAAGGCGUUUCUCAUCAUACUUAUCACAGACAUUUUUCUAGGCUACCAUUCAGAAUCAGGCUGGCAGACUUUGUUGGAGGUGCUUGUUGAGCACUAUGGGCUACAAGUGGAUCAAGCCGCUAUUACAAUUUUUGUUUGCUUGAUUCCAGUUAUAAUGGAUGCAUGUGUCAAGCUUUGGAUGUUCAAAUUCCUUCCGAAGUUAUCCCCAAAGGUGGCGAAUAUAUUUCGCGAAAUGAAGCGUCACUAGUGAGUUUUUUUGCUCCGGUACCAUGCCAUCCGAGAUGAUACCAGGCAAGGAAGUAUUUCUCACAACCAUUACAUAUUUCUCACAAACAUUACAUUCUUUUACCACCUAUCGUAAAGGAAUAUCCAAUUUUGCAAUUACAACAAAACAUGCAUUUUUCGUGGGGUUGGUCAGGUUUACCAAAUAACAAUAGCUUAAAGGAACUUACCAUGAUGUUGUUACUUGUAAUAAAAGAUCAUGACUAUGAGUUUUCAUUAAGAGUCACAGGUUGCAUGAUACAGCGUAGUGAAAUCUA